AGUGUUACAGACGUUUGAGUGCAGAAUAAAUAAAUAGGCUGCAGCACAGAAAAGAAAGGGGCUUUUGAGGAGAGCAGUGACUGUGGUAGGAAAUGGGCCCGUGGAUGGUGAACCAGCAGCCACUGGUGACAGUGACUCUCACAUGCAGAAGGUGAAGGAGCGGCUGCUGUGUCACGCCAUGGUGGGGAGGGAGAAGAGAAAGAAGCAGAUAAUGCAAGUGGAUGUCAGCUGCGAGUUCGUUUUUCCCCUCGUGCAAAUAUCUUCCAGAGAAAUCGUGUUCCAUGUGGAGAAGCGGCCCAGUGAUGUCCUGACUCUCCUAUACAAGCCUCUGUCUUUAAAAAACAACUGCUGCCUGCCACUCAGCAUUGUGCUGGACUUGAAGAAGCCAUUCCUAAUCUGUGAUGUGGACCAGCAGCCCCUCCCUGAAGAUGCUCAGCCCAUAAAAUUGGACAAAGGGGAGGAAAUUCAUCUCCACAUCCAAUUUAACCCAGCUUAUAAAAAGGAUUUGUAUAGCUGGGUAGCAGAGAAGACACUGAACAUGGAGUUCAUGGAGCAUCCCCAUGAGGAGCAGAUCACCAUUCGGGGAGAAGUCUACUUCCCAAACCUCCAUAUCCAGCCCAAGGCCCUGGACUUUGGCUACCUCAUAAAUGGCACUGAACAAGUGGAUUGUGUGGCAAUGACCAAUUGCAGCCCAAUCCCUGUCCACUACCACUGGUCCUUCCAGACAGACAGCCAGGUGAACACCAUAAGGUUCAACCCUUCACCACCUAAAUUCAAACCUAAACCACCAAAGAAGGAGAGAGACUCUUUGAAGUACUCACUGUUGUCAAGGAGGCAGUUCAGUGCUGAAAGUGUGGAGGAGCCAACUAAAGGCCUUGAAGCAGUGCAGGAUCCUGCCCCACAGCCAGCAGGUUCAGAGGACUCUUUGGGAGCAGAGCAGGAUCCUGCCCAACAGUCAGCAGGUUCAGAGGACUCUUUGGGAGCAGAGCAGGAUCCUGCCCAACAGCCAGCAGGUUCAGAGGACUCUUUGGGAGCAAAGCAGGAUCCUGCCCAACAGUCAGCAAGUUCAGAGGAUGUUCUGGGAGCAGUGCAGGAUCCUGCCCAAAAGCCAGCAGGUUCAGAGGAAUCCCUGGUAGCAAAGGUGCUACCAUGCACUGCUGUGGAGCCUCUGAGCCUGGAGACCAUGAAGGGAUUGAGGCAAUUCACGGGGGUGGAGAACCUUGCCUUGAGAAUGGAAGAGGUUUUUGAUGUCCAGCCGGUGUCCGGUGUGCUGCAGCCGGGCGAGAGCCAGCACGUGCUCUUCACCUUCUUUGGCCACCCCAACAUCGUCGCCCGUGUCACGGCGCUGUGCCACGUGGAGGGAGGCCCCACCUACGAGGUGGAGCUGAGUGGGGGGACUUCGGACCUCAGCUACCACCUGGACACCUCCGACAUCGACUUUGGGCUGCAGCUGUUUAAUGAAGUCAUCCAAGCAGAAGUCACCCUGCAGAACACCGGGGUGUUUGGAUUCACCUACAAGGUGCUAGACCCCAGCACUGCCAGGGCAGACAGCCCUCUGCCUGGUGAGCCCGUGGUUGUGCCCAGCACGGAUUACAUUGCACCUGGCAAGAAGCAAGUGCUGAAAGUCUAUUACCUGCCAGGAGUAGUAGGAAUCUUCUGCAGCACUCUCCAGAUCCAAGUGGGUCACCUGGAACCAGCAGAAAUCUCCCUGAAAGGAGAGGGAACCUUUCUUAGGAUCUCUUUGGACCUGCCCUGGAUUGUCAAAGGGCAUGCAAAAUUUGAGAAGAUACUGAAAGAGAUAAAAGAAAAUCUGCAAGAAGAGAGGCAGAGCGAUGAAGCAGGUGUUCUGUCAGAGCCUGCAUCUGUGGAGCCAUCCAUGGAUGACCCUGGCAUCGAGGAGCAGCAGCACCCACUUGCCCCAGGAAAUGAGGAGAUACUGAAAGAGACAAUAGAAAAAGAGGAAGAAGAGACUCAGAUCGAUGAAGCAGUUGCUAUCGAGGAGGCGUCCGAGGAAUCGUCCGAGGAAUCAUCUGAGGAGUCAUCUGAGGAGUCAUCCACAGAGUCAUCCACAGAGUCAUCCACGGAAUUGUCCACAGAGCCACCCGAGGAGCCACCCGAGGAGCCACCCGAGGAGCCAUCCGAGGAGCCAUCUGAGGAGCCACCUGAGGAGCCACCUGAGGAGCCACCUGAGGAGACAUCCAAGGUGCCAUCUCAGAAGCCAUCCAAGGAACCACCUGAGGAGACAUCCAAGGAGCCACCUGAGGAGACAUCCAAGGUGCCAUCUCAGAAGCCAUCCAAGGUGCCAUCCGUGGCUGCCUGUGACACUGACUCUGACACUGACGACGGCAUCGUGUGGGACACUUGGGUGCAGAGAGAGAUGGAGCAGAUGCUCAUAAAGCAGCGUGUCCUGAAGCAGCAGAGAAUUGUAACCUCCCGUCCCCCGGAGCUCAGGGGCUUUGACAAGAACAUUCGUCAGAAGCUUGUCCAGAUUGAGCUGCCCAACUACAUCCUGGACAUGGGCAGCGUCACUCGCGGUGCCACUGAGACACACACUGUGGACAUCACCAACACUGGGCCCUUCCCGGUGUCCUUCCAGAUUGAGACACAUGUCCUGCAGGACACAGGUUUCAGUCUGGACCUGGAUCAGGUGCAGUGCCUGCCCUACUGCAACACUGAGAGGAUUGAAGUGCUUUUUGACAGUACCAACUUACCAGUUGGAGAGGUGGAUGUGCGCCUGCCCAUUAAGGUGCCACAGCUUUUGGGGCAGGCAGUAGUCUGGGCACAGCAGCAAAUGUCACCUGGACCCUCAGCUGAAUUGUCUGUCCUUCUCCAGGUAACAGGAAGCUACACAGUUUACAUCCACCUCUUUGCUACUGUGACUGAGGAUAGCAUCCAGAAAGAAGGGCCCCCUGACCUGAGCAACCCCUCGCCAUUGACGCGCUCUGAGAGACGCAAGAGAUGUGGCGGCCAGAGAUCUAAGGCUGCCUUUAAAAGGAUUUUCCAAGCUGAGAGGCCAGCUAAGGAUGGAGAAAUGAAAUCGGCCUCUAAAGAACCCAAUUAACCAAGAUACGAACAAAUUGAGCAAUAAGAAUCUGGAGGACUGGCACUGGCACACCUCCUUUACCAAUAAAGCAAGAAAAACAACAUCUUGU